GUAUCACGAUCAUGUGGCUAUAAAGAAUGAUUCUUGGUGUUAUUGCGAUUUUCUUAAAAAAGAAGGCUUCUUGCUGUGAGGAUGAGAAAAUUUAAUAAUAUCUCAUGAAAAGUAAUGGAUGAUAACAGUGAAUGUGGUUGGAUUGAGCCAUGCAUUAACAUCUACGAAGUAGCCAACAAUGUAAAGAAUAGAAGGACAUUUAGGACAAUUGCAAGGGACAUCUGUGGCGAAUCAAUGGAGCCAGCGCGAGAUUUGACCAUUGUGCUCUUUGGUGACUUAGGAAAUGAAACUAGGUGUGUGGCAAGUUGUAGAAGUGCUGAUGAAAGUGUUACUGAUUCAAAAGACAGACACUUUUAUCACUGGAUUGACUUUCUCUUUGUUCAUAAAGAUUUCCAGGGACAUGGCUAUGGAACACAUAUGGUCCUACAUAUGGAACAAAUGCUACGACUGAAGCUAAAGCGACCAGUUAGAGUUGAAAGUGCAGAAAGGUCUGUUGGAUUUUUUCAAAAACUAGGAUAUCGCUUGGUUGGAAGACCUGAGAUGAGUGUAUUUCCCAGUUGUCACUUAUUUAAGGUCCUUCAAUUAAUGGAGAAGUUCAAUUCCAGCUGACCUAGGCAGAUGUUUCUGCUUACUAUAUAAUAUAUUGCAUUCCCUUUAAAUUCCAUUUCCAUUUAAAGGAAAAAUCAAGAUUGUAAACAUCUGGAAAUACUAUUUGAUAUAUAUCAUAUAUAUAUUUAUCAUAUAAUU